AUGUUUGAAAAUGUGCUUUUUUUGCGCUUUAAACCCUUACCUCAUUGCUUUCAGAUUAUCGGACCUGGUUUAGGACGAGAACGAAAAAUAUUGAAAAAUACCGCUGCUAUAAUGAAAUUCUGUCUUGAUGCUGAAAAGCCACUGGUAAUAGACGCUGACGGAUUGUUCAUUUUAAACGAUGAAAUUGAUAUUGUUUGUGGACAGCGAAACGUUGUUUUAACACCCAAUGCCGUUGAGUUUCGUAGAUUAUUUGGGGAGGACGAUCAUACUUCGCAAGACAAGAUAAAUCGACUUGGAGAUGGAGUUGUAAUUUUAAAAAAAGGGGUGAUUGAUAAAAUUUAUAUACCACUUACUAAUGAGGCUUACACAUUACCUGAAGGUGGAUCGGGUCGUCGGUGCGGUGGUCAAGGAGACUUGUUAAGUGGAUCUUUGGCUACAUUUCUUUGUUGGUUCUUACAAGCAAAUCAACAGAACCCAGCCUUUUUGGCAGCGUGUGCAUCCAGUUAUUUUAUAAAAAAACUAAAUUAUGUAACAUUUAAAAAAAUGGGUAGAAGUUUAUUGGCAAGUGACAUGAUUACAGAAAUGCCAUCUGUUUUUAAAAGUGAAUUUGAAAAUAUAAAAAAAGAUCUGCCUGGUAAUUAGUAAAAUUUGUUUGAAAAAUUGUGUAUAUCAAGUAGAGACAUUUUCCUCAAUAAAAAGAGCCCCAUUAUUGCAAAAAACA